AUGCCCAGAAAACCCACGCCGGCAGCCAAGCAGCGCGUGAGGACGGGCUGCUUGACGUGUCGAAAACGGAGGAGAAAAUGUGAUGAGCAGAAGCCAAACUGUGCCAAUUGUGAGGUCAAGGGGUUCACGUGUAAAUAUGGCUCUGAUCUGGCCUUCGUGCAACCGCGUUCUGGGGUUGUGGAGGGUACCAGGCAGGGCUAUAGCACUAUCACGGUAAGUGGAUGUCAAACAUUGUAUCGUGAAUGCAAUUCUAACAGGAUGAAGUUCGUGGAUGACUCGCCGCUCGCCGCUGGUAGGGAGAAUAAAGACCAGAGGCCAGACGAGUCUCAAAGCAAUGCUGGCUUCUCUCUAGACGGGCUGCAAUCUUCAACAGAGAGCCAUGAUGAAUCGUCAGAUGCACCUCGUGCUUUCGAAUUCCAAAGCACACUAUCAGCUGCGGUACCGACUGUCGACUUCUCUGACCCUCCGAUCCCCUUUGUCGGUGGUCGGAGAACGCCGGGUACUCGAUACAUCAACAGUCCUCCCUGUUUUGGAUACCCAAGAUCAGCUGCUAGUGCCCAGACAUCCGCGCGGCGAGGACAGUUUGUAAAUAGUAACCCAGAAACUGAUUUGUUGCGACAUUUCCGGUACCACGUUGGGCCUUGGAUUGACACCGGGGACCCAGAGCUACCGUUCGGACUGCAAGUCCUUCUGCUGUGUCGAAGUAACCGAGCUCUCCAAGCUGCUGUUCUUGCAGUCUCUGCCGGUCAGAGACAGCUCAUGUCACUAUCAAAUGGCAGUGAUCUGGAACAUAGUCAGAACUUCCGAAAAGAAGCGGAAGGAAGCCUUGCGUUUGAAUCUGAUUUAGCCAGACAUGCGGGUCAGACUCUGCUCAUGCUUCAGGAUGCUCUGCCUGCUGGACCUCAGCAAUGGAGGAGUUUGCUUGUUCAUAAGAUUGAGGGUGCUUGUGACUUUGCGUCACACGCCGGUCAAGGAGAGGAAGUCGGAGAAGCAUUGUUAUGGCUUUACUUCCGAUUCGAUCUCGCAGGUUCCAUGACGUUAUCAAAACCACCCCUGAUGCCUUUCCGAUCAUUAUUACAGCGUGAUGGCUCGUCAGUCCACCAUCCGCAAUUCGAAAUACAACCUCAGACCGUUCAUCGUGCAUACAAACAUAUUCUGUGUCUGCUCGCUCACUGCCUAGCUUUGAUCCACGGAGAUCCAGAAACAAUAUCCCCGCACGCAGUCUCAUCUCCAGAGCUGGCAGUAUUCCCUUCUCUACGACAAUCCCACUUCCUUUCACAGUGGACAUUUCUCUGGUCCGAUUGUCAAAAAUGGUACAAUGACCGACCGGUGAACGUGCAGCAGAUCGUGGACAUACGCGGAGGUGAAGCCGACCAAAUUGAUCCAGAUCACGACUCCUCAUUCCCCAUUCUCAUUUUCACGACGCCAAUGGCGCUGGUCGCCAACGCCGUCUACCACAUAAUCUCUCUCUUAUUGUUGACCCAUAAACCACGCCUUCUGAAAUCGCUCCCAGGACCAAGGUCCGUCACAUCUCAUAUCUGGCACGCGCAAUCCAUCGCUGGCAUAGCGGCUAGUAAUGACUCGCCCGAACAAUGGGAUCCAAUCCUAGUGGCCAGUCUUCUCACCAUCGCAAGGGAGAUGACACAUGAAUCGCAACAGGCGGUCAUCCUGGAGCGUCUAGCCAAGAUCACCGCCACAACUGGUAUCAAACUAGACCGAGAGACAGAAGCACUAGAGGCAUCGUGGAAUUUGGCGCGAUAUGAGGAGGAAUUCGAAGAUGAGCCUGAUUCAAUGAUUGCAUAA